GUGAGUGCAGCGUCCGCCGGCGCCUCUGUCUGUCCCGCCCGCCAUAGACGAUGCAGUCGCUGAGCGCCCGCACCGGGGCCCUCGCCCCCCGCCUCGCCGCCACCUCCCGCACCGUCGCCUCACAGCGCCAGCGCCUGGUGCCGGCACCCGAGCCCGGCCCCGAACACAUCCUCCUCCCGCUACAGCGGCCCUUCCUCAGCCGGGAGUCGCUGCUGGGCCUAGCCCCGAGGAGCGGGCCCGCCGCCGCCGCCACCAUCACCCUUUCAUCAAGAGUUCGAUAUGCACACAGCGAUAUACGUGUUCCCGACUUCUCCGACUACAGACGGCAAGAUGUCCAAGAUUCCAAGAAGUCCUCGCAGAGCAGCAGUGACACCAGGAAAGGCUUCUCCUACUUGCUCACUGGAACCACGGCAGUCAUGGGAGCCUACGCUGCAAAGAGCGUUGUCACCCAGUUCAUCACCAGCAUGAGUGCCUCUGCUGACGUGCUGGCACUGUCCCAGAUCGAAGUGAAGCUGGGGGACAUUCCAGAAGGCAAGAACAUGACCUUCAAGUGGAGAGGCAAGCCCCUCUUUGUCCGCCACCGUUCGCCCAAGGAGGUGGAGAGCGAGCAGGCAGUGAGUCUCUCCGUGCUGCGAGACCCACAGUUAGAUUCCGAUAGAGUCAAGGAUCCACAGUGGAUGAUUCUCAUUGGCGUCUGCACUCACCUGGGCUGUGUCCCAAUCGCCAAUGCAGGUGACUAUGGCGGCUACUACUGCCCCGUCACGGAUCUCACUACGAUGCGUCCGGGAGAAUCAGGAAGGGCCCAGCUCCUCAGAAUAUGGAAGUUCCACCCUACGAGUUUGUCAGCGAGGAUCUCGUGAUCGUCGGCUAAAUCUGUUACCUUUAAGUUGAGCAACUCUCAAUGUUCCUGCUCUUGCUCCAUACUACGGCAAACUGAACAUUUACUGCAUUCAAUCGAUUAUGAUAAUCCUUGUGAUUCUUCUUUUGGGGUGUAAACCAGGCUUGUCUUCAAUAAACCCACUGUACAUUGGCCAGCAA